AUGGACCCCGCCGAGUUUGGCAUCUCAACGCUUCCGCUCCAGCACAAGCCAUAUCCCCUGAUCGAUCGCUCUACGCUCGCCAACGCCAACAAAGGCAAGGUCGCCCUCGUGACCGGCGCACAGCGCGGCAUCGGCGCAGCCAUUUCAGAGAGCUUGGCUGCCUCCGGUGCCAACGUUGCGCUCUUGGACCUUACAGAGGAAUCGCUAGCUUCGACGAUCAAGGCAUGCGAGGCGCAUGGGGUAAAGGUCAAGGGGUAUGGCUGUGACGUGACGGAUGAGGGGAGGGUGAGGGAUGUGCUGGUGGCGGUGGAGAGGGAUUUGGGACCUGUAGACAUACUGGUCAACAAUGCAGGAGUGAUGAUGCAUCGCCCACUGCUAAUGUCGACUAUUGACGGGUUCUGGAGGCAAGUGGAGAUCAACCUGAAAGGCCCAAUCAUCCUGAUCCAUCAACUUCUGCCAAAAUUCCGCGACCAAGGCCACGGCUGUGUGAUCAACAUCGCCUCCCGCAGCGGUACCGUCGACGUGCCAAUGGCACUUGGCUACAAUACCUCGAAAGCCGCGUUGAUUCGUGCGACGCACACGCUUCAACGGGAGAUGGAAGUCGACGGCCUCGAUCCUGCGAUACACAUGUACGCUCUGCACCCUGGCGGCGUUUUGACCGACAUGGGUGCUCGGCAGCGCCGGCGGACGUCGUGGCGAAGAUCCGCCGGUUUUGUGUGGACAGACUUGUGCAUUCCUGGCCACGGGACGAGGGAAGGACAUGCGGGGUCUGUUCAUUGA